CCCCAGAUAGUGACUUAGUAGAGAAAACAGGCAGGAGGAGCCGAGCAAGCCAACGGCUAACCUCGAUAUUUACCGAAUAGAUCAAAUCAACGUCUAAACGACUGAAAAAAACAAACCUGAUUCAAAUAAAUAAAGUCGAAACCUUAUGUUCACGUCUUGGUUACACAAGUGAACGAUGUCAACCCCAGCAAGACGGCGUCUGAUGAGAGAUUUUAAACGUCUCCAGGAAGAUCCUCCAGCAGGAGUUAGCGGAGCUCCGUCUGAAAACAACAUUAUGGUCUGGAACGCUGUCAUUUUUGGCCCUGAAGGAACACCAUUUGAAGAUGGAACUUUUAAGCUCACAAUAGAAUUUACAGAAGAAUAUCCUAACAAGCCACCUACAGUCCGAUUUGUCUCAAAAAUGUUUCACCCUAACGUUUAUGCAGAUGGUAGUAUAUGUUUGGAUAUUCUUCAGAAUCGCUGGAGUCCAACGUAUGAUGUUUCCUCAAUUUUAACCUCAAUACAGUCUUUACUGGAUGAGCCGAACCCAAACAGCCCUGCAAACAGCCAGGCAGCGCAGCUGUAUCAAGAAAAUAAGCGAGAGUAUGAGAAACGUGUGUCCGCCAUUGUGGAACAGAGCUGGCGUGACUGUUGACCCUCUUCACAACAUAUGAACAAUAGUCAGCCUCUGCCAACCAGAGGAAAACCACCUUGCAAAGAAUAAAAUAAAACACAUCAUGUUUUGUAUCAUCCACCAGAUACUCAGUAGAAUUGUCUGUUCUGUAACUGUUGCAAGAUUAGAGUGCUGUUGUGUUGUGGUCUCCCUCUUCAUAUAAAAACCUGGAAAAUGAUUCACCUUAAUUUAACAAAAUAUUGUUGCCAUGGUUACUUGCUUUUAUUUGGCCUGCCCUCAUUUUGGAAUUUUAUAAUUUUUUGCUUUAUGAGUUGCUCAGACAGUGUGGGCUGAUUUUGUGUUGGGUAUUAACAUGUUGGUUGUGGCUUUAAGUAUGUUCCUUAUCCAACUUUGAGUGUCCUUGUUUGAAUCCAAAAGUUUCUUUCAUUUUCUCUUUGAGAAAGGGUCAUAAUAUACAUUAAUACAGAGUUCCAGUUGAAACAGAGAGGAAGGUUACAUUAUCUUGAAAAUGUCCAUGAUUCAAUAUGGUGUAGAUUUUAUGUAACGGCACCUGACAUUUAAAUACAUAACUCCAUGCAAAGUGAUGCUUCAGAUGUGGCUAUUGGCCUUUUUUAAAUCAUGAACAUGUUUUCUCUUGUUAAUUUGUAAUUUAGUGCUCAAAAAGCUCAUGCUGCAGUUCAAGGUUCUACCUAAAGACAUAUCAGUUGACACUGUGUGCUAGUACAUCUGUUCUACAAAAACCCUUGCCACAAACUGGGACUCUGAACAUUACAAAUUGGCACUGUUGAUUGUUUCUGUCCUGUAUUCACUUUUUUUAUGUCUGUUGCACCACAGUUGCAUGAUUUUUACUGUUCUCCAUCAAAGUGUGUUUAUUCUACAUUGCUUAUCCAGCCACGUGGGCAUACUGCUAAUUGCAGUGUCCAUUUAAGCUAUUUUAAAUCUGUUUUGUUUUCUAAUUUACCACAAGAGUUCAAGAGUGUCUGAUUUGCACUAGUAACCCAUGUAAGAAACUGUACAUUUUUCUCACUUCUUGUAAAUAAACAGUAACAUAAUA